AUGGAGACGAUAGAGAGGAUUCUGUCGAGACCUGUCGCCAAACCCUACCGUUCUCGAAAGAUCGACCCCUCCGUUAAGCCGUAUCUGAACAGUUAUGGCCAGGUCGAUUUUGCCCCCGGUGACAUCGAAAACCCCCGAGAAUGGUCAACGGCCCGUCGAUGGUACUGUACACUUGUGGGCGUGACUCUGGUCUGCAAUGCCACAUUUGCUUCGUCCAGCCCCUCGGGGUCUCUGCGUGGCAUUGCUAAAGAGUUCCACGUUUCUGAGGUCGCAGCUGGCCUCGUUGUCACCCUAUUUCUGCUGGGGUACGUGGCGGGGCCUUUGAUCUUUGCUCCCUUGUCCGAAUUCUACGGCCGGCGAUAUGUCUUCUACGUCACUUUCAGUCUCUAUGUGGUGUUCAACUUCCUCUGUGCCUUUGCACCCAACUUUGCGUCGUUGCUAAUUGGACGCCUCUUGACCGGCACGUUUGCGAGUGCCCCUUUGACCAAUGCUCCCGGAGUGCUUGCCGAUGUCUGGGGACCGGUUGAACGUGGGAAUGCAAUGGCUAUCUUUAGUAUGAUGACCUUCAUCGGCCCUUCCAUCGGGCCUGUUAUUUCCGGGUUCCUCGAGCUCAAGGAAGAUUGGAGAUGGUCGUUCUAUGUGCUGCUGUGGUUGGGAGGAGCGACCGAACUGCUCAUGUUCACCAUCCCCGAAACAUAUCCCCCGCUAGUCCUGAUCAACAAGGCGCGUCGACUGAGAGCUACCGGAAUUCCCGAGUAUCAGAACCUCCAAGCCCCGGCUGAAGCAGAGGGCCGAAGGCUGGCCGAUAUGUUCAAGGUCGCAUUGCUACGACCUUGGCAGAUCCUUUUCGACACCAUCUCAAUGCUUGUCGCCGUCUACAUUUCGGUCGUCUAUCUGCUGCUGUACAUGCUCUUUACAAUAUACCCGAUUGUUUUCCAAGAGAAGCGCGGCUGGAACUCUGGGGUUGGCGAGCUUCCGCUGAUCGGGACUGUUAUUGGGGCAUGCAUUGGCGGGACCAUUAUUUUCUACGUCUCUUCGCGAGACAAGAAACGAAUGAUGGCCGGUAUCCCGCGGAAACCAGAAGACCGAUUGCCCGUCGCGAUGAUUGGCGGCAUCAUGUUUGCUGUGACCAUGUUUUGGUUUGCAUGGACGGCCAACUUCAACAGCAUCCACUGGAUUGUCCCGACCCUCGCGGGCACGUUCUUGUCGACUUCGAUCCUCCUCAUAUUCGUCGCUUACCUGAACUACCUUACGGACACCUACUUGAUGUACACGGCCAGCGCAAUGGCAGCAAACACCAUCUGUCGGUCGGCUUGUGGUGCGGCUGCACCUCUCUUUACGAAUCAGAUGUUCAGUGCACUAGGAGUAGGCGGCGGUGGCUCGCUUAUUGCGGGUGUUGCAUGCCUUCUCGCGCCAAUCCCUUUCAUCUUCUACAAGUACGGCGAACGAAUUCGACGACAAAGUCGAUUUGCUCCUACCGACCUCCCUCCGCCCCGAGAUGAGGAGAGCCAGGACGAAGAGGCUAAAGAGCCUGUAGAGGUGGAAGCUCCGUCGAGUUCAAGCUCGGGUUCGACAAUUUCCAGUCUCCGUUCUGAAAGCUCCUCACAAGUUCAUGCCGAGCCCUCAGCUGUUGUUGGGGAGAAGCACGGUGAGUCAGAAGCAGAACCUCGCCACGAGCCGGGACAUGAGGCGGGCGAGAAGAAAGAGCUUGCUUGA